CGGGACUCGUCUCCCGGUGUCGGCCGCUGGAGGACACUUACCGACAGCCUGCCGGUAGAUGAUGAGCGCCGGGACGCUGCAGUAAUGAUGCGUUUCGUGCGGGACUGCCUGAGGACACCGAAGGACGAAGGGGACACCGACGUCGUGGAGACCGAUGAGCGGGUCCUCGCCAAGACAGCCGAGAUCAGAGAACUGGAGAACGCGGUGACGGUGGAGAACUUGGAACUUCAGGAGCAGCAGUCGGACCGCAAUGAGCUGGAGGAGACUCUGGCUAAGUUAGAGACGCACAAGCAGAAGCUGGUGCAGCAAAUAAAGGCAACUAGGCAGCUGUGCUAUGAGGAGAGUCAACAGAUCCUGUCUCUGCAGGCGGAGGAGGUGCAGAAGGAGAGCCAGGUGGAGGAGUACGAGAGGGAGCUCGCCAGAGUCAGGUGGAGGCUGAAGAGGCUCAGAGACGAGGUGAAGCAGGCCAAGAGGAAGACAGAGGAGGCAGGGGAGAGGAACACCCCCCUGCAGGACUCCAUCAGGCAGUCCUAUGAAGAGAUUCUGCAGGAGGAGCACACCCUGUGCUCUCUGUCAGGAAGUGCAGUUACUCCAGAGAGCCAGCUGGAGGAGUCCACAUCCCCGGCAGACACCACCGAAGAUGAUCCGCUGCCCAUGAGGCCGUGGGGAAGGAGCCAAUCGCUGCCAGCCUACGCUGACCUGAUCAUGCGCGGCAGCGGCUCGUCUUUCUGCAAUAACCUUGCGGAUACCAGAGAAGAGGUGGACGACAGUGGAACAAGCUCGCCAAAGGUGGAUCAAUCUGACAUAGAGGACGACCCAGAAGAAGGGGAGAUCAACGAAGAAGGGGAGAAAGAGCCUGCUGUCGACCCGAGCCGCAUCAACCAAAUGGACUUCUACCAAGCCGACCCCUUCCCCCACUGUCAGAGUGACCAUAACCUCUUCGAUGAAGACUUAUUCCCUAAAACUGACUCAUCUGGUGGAUUCGGAUCAGACCCUUUCAAAGGCAGCGACCCUUUUGGAGCAGAUAUCUUGUUCCCAGAGGUGAACGCCAGCACUGACGAGGGGAAAGGAAAUGUCGGCGAUGAAGGGGACACUAGCCUGUCCUGCGCUGAGAACAAAGCAUCAACAGGAACUCAGUGCUUCGAGUCUGAAUUCCCCGACGAGGACAGCGACAUAGAGAUUAGCUACAGCCGAGAGGACCUGGACGCCAUCGCAGUGGUUGAUGAUUCUCUCGGAUUUAAACCCAUUCAGAGCUCGUCAGAGGAACUGGGACCAGAGCCCAUCCGGGGCUGGAGGUCCCAGGGUCAGUAUUCUAUAGAAUCAGACCCCAAUGGAUAUGAGCUGGACCUUGCUGCUGUCUCUCCUCCCUCGGACAUAGAAGAGCAGAGUCUGGGAUCUCUAGCUGGCGACGCUUCCAUCGAGAACACUGCAGCACUGAAACAAGGUCUCAGUUCUGGUUCUGCUCAGGCUGUCUCGUUGGAACCAGACUGGUCCCAUGAAACAGCGCAAACGCUGUCCUGUUACGAUACCUCUAGUCAGGGGGCAGAAUGGGUGGGCAACAUUGAAGAGGUACCCCAAAACCCUCCAAAUCGCCAAAACUCAGUAGACUUCUUCGACUCUGAUCACAACAGAGAGGUUAGCUUUGAGUUAAGCUAUGAACCAACCAGUCAGUCUUUCUUUGACCCGUACGGCUUUAAACUCAGUCCAGAACAUUCUAGUCACACCCUUUUAGACCCUGAUGAAGUUGAACUAAGCCCGGAACCCUCUGAAAACAAUCUGACCUUCGACCCUGAGCCGUCCUCUUCUCAACUAGACCAAAUGAACAUUGAUCGCUAUGGGUUUGACAUCACUUCCUCCCCAUUGGCACAGGACUCAGACCCUUAUGGCUUUAAGCUCAGCCCUGAGGAAGAGAACCAAGAGGUACUGAACCUCUGUGGCCUUGGUAACCUGGAAGCUAUGGACCUUUGCACCUACGACAACAAUGACCAAGUAGACUACUCUAACUGUAGCAACCAGGAAGUACUGGAACUUCAUACCCAUGAAAACCAAGAAGUGCUUGAACAUUGUAGCUACAAUGACCAGGAACACUUGGAUUUGUUUAACAAUGGAAACCAAGAAGUGCUGGAACCUUCUAGGCUUGACAACAUAGGUUUAGUUAUCAAUGAAAACCAGGAAUUUCUGGAUCUCUCUCAUCAUGACAACCAAGAGGUGGUGGAACCCUAUUGCAAUAUUGACAACGAGGAACUACUUGAACCUUGUAACUAUGACAACCAGGAAGUGUUGGUACCUUUUAGCCAUGGCAACCAGGAGCUGGAUUUCUGUCCAGAAAAUAAGGAAGUGCUGGAUUUAGAUUGCCAUGGCGACCAAAACUUGCUAGAUUUUUUUGGCAAAGAAAAUCAGGAAGUGCUAGUUUUGGGUAGUGAGGGCAACCAGGAACUUGUGAAACUGGGUAGCAAUGAAAACCAGGAUCUGCUAGAUGAUGUGGGUAGCCAUGACAACCAGGAAGUGCUGGCAUUUUUGAAAGAGGAUGUUUCCCCUGAAGCGAACAAUAACCAAUGCUUUGUGGAGCCAGACGUCUUUACCACCAAUAACAGCUCAGACAGUGAUGUGGCAUCAGAAGACUUGCUGGGACUCAAACUCAAUAACACCAGCUGCUCAACCAACAAAUCAAACACCAAUACUGCAGACACCCUCAACAUGGCCAUCAGCAACAUAACUGCCAACCAGGACAUUGCACCAUCUAAUUCUCCCGCCAGUCACAACUUGUUAGAGGAUGAUCUGGGUUCAGUGUUUGUGGCUGGAGGAUACAUUGGUUGUCCUGAUGUAGCGGACGACCUCGAGCCUCUGCAGAGAAGGCAGGCAAACCCAGUAGCAGAGCCAGCACGACCUGUCAGACCAGUUCGGCCGCCUCGGCCCUCGCUCAGGACCAAGGAGAAGGCUCAGUCCCCGAGUCAGGGUAUCGACCUGAAGUGAUCUCUGGCCUACCACACCCAUGUUGGGGGUUACCAUGUCAGCGGGGUUCACAUGACAACACUGGCAACCCGAGUAACCAAAUGAAUGAGGAGGGAAGAAGGAGGAAGGGCAACUAAAUGGAUACAAAGGGUGGUAAUGGAACAUGCAGAAGUGAGAGAACAUUCUGCUGGUAUUUAUUUCAAUAAGUUUUGUGUCGGUGUUUUACAUGUCUCAAAGCGAUGCACUAAAAUCUGAAUGGAAAGAUAAGAAGUGAAAAAUAUUUGAAAAUUGUAAAAUACCAGUCAACUGGAUAACUAGAUUCAAAGAUCACCAUUUAUGAGACUGUUGACUCGUCUAUCUACAGCAAUUUAUACGAGUUAGAGUAGGAAACAACUGUGCGAAAAUGAACAACUUCAGUGUUUCCCUUACCAUUAUAUCAGGCGCCCCCCCAAGAAAGUCCAUCCAUUCCCGGGCCACAUCUACCAGCUCAGUGCAUAGAUAUAAUCUCCGCUUUUACCCAUGACCUAGUUCUUUUGGUCAUGACCCAUCCAGAUUGACCGGUAGAACAAGAGCUUUGCCUUCUGGCUCAGCUCUCUUUUCUUCACAACGGUGCGGUAUAGCGAGUGCAAUACCGCCCCUGCUGAUUCGAUUCUCCAGCCAUCUCACACUCCAUCUUCCCCUCACUUGUGAACAAGACGCCGAGGUACUGAACUCCUUCACUUGCGGUAAGGACACGUUCCCUGCCCGGAGUAGGCAAUCUAUCGGUUUCUUGCUGAGAACCAUGGCCUCAGAUUUAGAGGUGCUAAUUCUCAUCCCGACCCCUUCACACUCGGCUGCUCCCCGCUCCAGUGAGAGUUGGAGGUCACAGACAGAAGAUGCAGUCAGUACCACAUCAUCUGCAAACAUCUGCAAAAUUGACUACCUCAGUGACCUCCACCAGUUAAAUUGACCUCCGCCCUCAUCCCCUCAUCCCCCUCCAGCACACCCCAUCAGCCGGUCUGCCCCCGCAUAGUUGUAAACGUGGGGGAAACACUGAACGUUCUUAUACCCUAGUGUUUUUACCUAAAAUUAUACUUGUCAAUCAAUCAUACGGUUGAUCUCCCAUUUAUUUAACAUAUCAGCUGCCAACCCCCACCCUAUGUCCUCUGAGUCGCUUGGCUAAGCUUCCCAUCCACUUAAUUAGUCUGCUGUAAAAAAAAAGAAUAUCCAUUUUUUUGCUUAUAGAUGGAGCAUGUGGAGGUGGACUUUGUGUGACUUCAUCACAAAGAUUACAUGUAUAUACAUUAUAUAAUAUUGUGGUAUUCAGAUAAUCUAGUCAGUAGUUUUAGGCCAAAGUUGGAUGAAAGCUGUAUAAAGAGUUUGGUUGGGUUAUAUAGUGAGUGCAUAUCUAUACCGUUGCCAUGGUAACAUGAACUGUGUUUUCCGUCAGCAGUUACUCCUCAAAGAGAAGAUGGACAACAGGCUUAGAGUUUGGGCCCGUAUCACUUAUCAGCAUGUUGUCAGAAGUGUGUAUUAAUACGCCUUUAGCCAGAGCUCACCUGCUCGUCACUGCCGAAAGGUUAAAACCACUGAAGGUCGGCGAAAAAAUAUUUUUAGGGUAUUUGGGCAUCUUCAGCGUUUGAACCGCAUACUUAAAAAUAAGAAUCAAUAGACCAAAACUGUCCUCCACCCCAUAUUUUUCUACAGCAGUGUCCCAAUUCCAUUCCAUAUAAUUAUGCUACAAAUGGUUCAAAAUGUUGCACUAACAAUGACUGUGCACUAUUUGGGUUGUUAGUAAAGUUUGGAGUGUCCUAACCCGGGCAGUUUUUAGCUAACCAUCCAGUAAAACUAUGAUAAAAAUGAUUGGGUUAUGUAUUCAAGUGAUUUAAUGGUUAAAGUAAAAAUUAAAGUAAGCUUUAGCUCGUUACCUUUCGCGCCAAAUACUGUUUUAAUUAUAAAAGUUAGAAUUGUCUAAACCAGAGUUAGAGGUAAAAGUACUCUAACGCCGGUGAAUUAGCCGUGUGCUGGUAUUUCCCUAACCCGGCCAGAUGUCCAUCGUCAUUGUAAACAUUGUUUUUCACAGAGUUUAAACAUUGGUUAAACGGUGGGCAAAAUUACCAUCAAGUUUGAAUUUAGCAUUUUUACAAUAGAUAAAUUGGUCCUAAUUAUUAUUAUUUUUAACUCCCACAUGUCAAUUUCAGUAUCCGUCUAAAAAUCACUGACUUGGUCAUUGGUAUAUAACAUAUAUUGAUUACUAUUGUUGUAACCGACCAUUGUUUUUAUUACACAGACAAUCUGUCUGGAUCUGGAUCUACCAAUAUUGAUAAUCAAUGAUCCACAAUUAGUAUCAGGAGAAAAAAUUAAGCAAACGGUUUUACUCAUUUUUUUCUGGUGAUCCAAUUUUUGAUCUAUUCCUGGAUUCCAAUCCGGAAUACAAGAGGUACAAUUUAUGAUUGUUUUGUGAUUACUAAUUACAUGUAGGAUAUUAUCAUGCCCCCCAAAAAGCCCUCAUCUUCCUCAAAUCAUUGUUUUUUUGUUGUUGUUGCUAAGUUCUCUCAUCUCGCUCAUGUAAAAAUGACCUGACUUUUAAUGUAGUCAGUAUAAACCAUGGAAUUGGGACACAACUGAAAUCAAUUUGUAGGUAGCAGUAGUAGGAGUUUUAUAAAGGAAGGUUCUGAUACGCAAGUGAGGAAAAUGUGUUUACCCUCAUCACACUAAAGAUGGGCUCGGUUUUGCUUCUGAAGACUGCAAUGUCCAAUCUACCAGUCCUGGUAUGGCUCUAGAUGAGGAGAGUAGUUAGUUAAAGUUAGUUCUGCUGGUUGAAUGGAUCCAACUGCAUGAAGUCAAACCUUUUCCAUUAUCUUCGUUAAACCUGGAGUCGGGUCUGUGGGCAGAAGGAGCAAGUUGUGAACACAACGUUGGCGUAUUAUGAAAUUAGCAAAGACAUAUAUGCAUUUACAUAUUUAGAAAACAAAAAUUAACGUUAUCAUUCAUACACAUGUUUGUCACCUGAUGAAAGUCUUAUAUUCACUAUUUUUAGCUCAGCCUUUGGUCUCCACCAGCUCUUGAGGGAAAUAUCUUUGUACCAAAUGUACCAAAAAUACAGUAGCAGGUACAGUUUGUCAUGAGUAAAGGUUAUUAUCUUUUCGGAUGUGCACAGGCAGGGGAAACCAUGCAAACGGCCUUGACUUAACGUGGGAUGUCACUUUGGCCAUGUGGGGACCCGCCAACCCCUGCAAAGUGUGGCGAUCAUACAAAUGCUUGUUUUCUGAAUAGAGUAUGGAUCGAUCAGGCCUAGCCCGUGCUAACGUUGCAGCUGCUCAAUCAAGACUUAUAAUAAAAUAUCCUAUGCAUAAAUACAGCAGUAACAUUGUUAUUGUCAUAUGCUAUGGUUUAUGAAUAUAUAUAUAUAAUAGACAGCUUACAAAACUCGAAGAGCUAUCUAUAUUCUUUCCUCCAUCUCUAAUUGAAUAUAUUAGAGCUUCAGUGGCGCUUAUUUCUCACUCUUGCAGAAAUCCCUCCAAUCAGAUUUGGUCCUUUUCACGUUUUUGCAUUACCGUCCUCUGUCAUUGCACUGCAUGAAAGAGGUUGGUUUUCAGUUUGUUGUUGGGUGAGAAAACCACAGACUGAAAUUCACAAUAAAGCUCUGCUUCCACUUAUUGUGAGAAGUCUUUAAAUACUGUGUUACCGAUACAUUCUAACCUCUGUGCUGCAAAGCGGUGUACAUUCAAAAUACCAUGUAACCAAUUAAUGCAAACACAAUGGAAUAUACAUAUGUAGACGUGUUCUUAUACAAAGUGAAAAUUGUGAAUAUUGGUGUAUCCUAUGCACAAGAUGAACAUAUAUCCCAGAGGCCAGUCUACCUUCACACUGAAGAAGACAUUUCAGUUCAUAUUAGGUUUUGAUUUCCGCCUACCUCAUUACUGCUCUGCCAUGAUUGCAUAACAACACUGUGAACCCGUACAAGCAACCAUUCUGUGAUUUUGACACUUUGUGAAUGUGUGUGUAUAGAGGACAAAGCAAAAAAGAAAAAAUAUUCUGUAACAGGAAAUCACAACCUGAAAGCCAGUUAUUGCUUACCUUCGCUUUUUGUUUAAAUGUUGGUGUCAAAUCAUCACAUAAUCAAAUCCCUGUUCAAUACGGUUCUACCACACAAUACAAAUGAUGAGUAUAUAAUCACUGUAAUUGGAGUAAAGGAGUGAUAAACUGGCCCUGUCUUUCUGGAUCUCUACACUUUACAGGUAAAUUGUUUGGUGUUUUUGGAAUUAAGGUUUUGGUUGUUUCUGAUGUAUUUUCUCAUCUGAAAUGUAUUCAGUCAUUAUUGAACAACUUCAGCCAAUGAUGAUGAUGAAAUAAUAUCCUAUUUUGUCAUGUUUGUUUGUUUUAAGUACAUUUUUGGAGUUCAUAUUUGAAUCCCAUGAUGUAUCAAAUCCAUGGCGCUACUGGGGUGAAGUGUUUGGAGAAUGACCCUCCACGGAUGGUACCCAUUGACCCGGUCUCAUUCCCAGGGCAUCAAACGUCGACAUAUACCCUUUCUAGAAGUAACAUCAAUGUGCAAUUGUACUUCAUUACAAUUCACUAUUAGACAACUGCUCCAGAAGUUAGGUGACUUCGUACAAAGGCAGACCCUAUGUGGUUGUCAAGGCAAACCCAUUUUGUCACCAAGUGAACUGCACAUAUAGUAGGCGACCACUCAUGCCACAGUUUUGUUUCACACUCAAGGCAAGUUGGUGGCCCAUGCACCUCUGGUAGGUUUGCAGAGUAGAACAAGACAACUUGUUUUGUAGAGAAGUUUGGCGAGGACGACCACAUUUAUAUAAUUUCUACACUUUAUAUAAAGUGUAGAGUAAAAAAUGCUUACGCAUGUAGUUCAUGUAAGUGCCCAGCUGUCCCUGGAGCAUGGAGAUCUGUCAGACUCCAAGAGUCCUCUUAAGGCCCAGGUGGAGGUAAAGACCAGGAGACCUGCCGUUUGAGUCCCGCGUGAAACCAAAAGUUGACUUAUUUAAAAUUAGGCCUGUUAACUGAGGUUACAUUAAAAACAUACUCAUUCGAUGUCAAUCUAUGAUCUUUUACCAAAACCCAAAGGGUCCUAAACACUGUGUGACAGGUAUGGGAAUGACUACGGGAUGGAGAAAACUGGUUGACCCAGUGGCUGUUUCUUAAACCGGCUAUAAUUUAAAAAAGACACGUUCAUUCACAUACCAAUACCACGGAUUGAUAUUCAUAAAAUAACCUCAAAACUGUGCAAAGGAUUUAAGAACUUUCCUCUUACAUGUUGAAAAUGAUCACAGUACAUAGGCAUAUGUAGCACAAGAAACAUCUAAUUCCUUGCAUUGUAAACAAGAAACAGCUUAGCAAGUUAAUUAAUCAUCUAAACAGAAGAUAGUUCAUUCUCAUUUGUUGUCGCUGACAUAUUUAUUUAUUUUUGUAAUGAUCCAUUUUUGUAUUUAUCUGUGUACAGGCUGCUUAUAAUAUGAAACAUGAUUAGAAUAUUAUUGAAAGCUGUUAUCAAUUUAGGCGAUGAAGUUGCUCCUGGAGCAUGAACAUUUAUUUGUGUGUGUAUGUUUUCUAUGAUGUAUGCACUUUAAAAGCCAUGGUUGAGUGAAAUAUUCUAAAUAAUUUGAGUUUUGCCAUGAUGACUUGACUUCUUCUUAUGAAAAUACAUUUAUUUGUGAUGUUGUGUGUGUUGCUGUCUAAAUGUGAGGUUCUGUGUUAAAAAUAAAAUUAAAACUCUGAUCUCUGA